AUUUUAUUUUCUAAUUUUACUUAAUUUCUGUAAAAAAAAAUAAUUAGAACAACACUAAUAUUUAUUUUAUAAAUAACCGACAACAAAAAAAUUAAACUGGAAUGUGAUAUUCAUGACAGUAUAUAUUUACAAUUAUUGAUUUGUCCAGUGAAAUUUACCACAUACCAUAUUUUUUCCCUACUGUUGUUUCAAAAUGACUUAUCAUCAAAGCAAGUAGGAAUCACAUUGCUUAUCAAAAUGUAUCAUCAAUCAGUGUCAGUGAAUGCUUCACAAUUUUAUUGAAUAUUUAUGCUAAUUUAAAAGAGUCAUGUGGAAGAAAUGUUGUACUUUAGGCUGUAUCAAAAGUAUUGAUCAACAUCAUCAUUGUCAUCGUCAAAAUAAACAACAUCAGAAGAAUUCAUCGAAGUGUAAAAUAAAUAAACAUUCUUCAACAAAUUUAGAGCCUAGUUCAUCUUUAUUAUUGGUGAAUUCGUCAAUCACAAAACAUGUCGAAGAUAAUCAUUGUGUCAAUGCAAAAUGUGAUCCGUUGACCGCUUCUGGAAGUUCUACUAUGAAUGAUCAAAUAAGUAUUCAGAAUAUAGUUGACUGUAAUGAUCACAGGAGUAUGACGACGUCGUCUACUGUUGCUAAUACUACUACUACUACUACUAUCACCGCUACUACGACUACAACAACAACAACAACGACAACUGAUAUGACUACUAUAUCUGCGCCUCCUGCCAUGACUACUGUAACAACUUCAGAUUUUAGUAUAAUAACUUUGAUUCAACUUGGAACUGUUAGUGAAUAUAAUCGUCCUUCACUACCGAUUACUUUAAUUAAUAGCAGCACUGUUGAUAUUAUUACUACUACUACUACUAAUACUCCUAUUAGUACUCAUACAAGUGAUAAAGAUAAUAAUAAUAUUAGUAAUAAUAAUUAUAAUAGUGAAUCAAAAGAUACAAGUUUGAUUGCCUACCCUCCGUCUAAUAUAACUAAUUCAGCUGUAAUAAUGCGUCCAAGUAAGCCAUUAGCAACAUUUGUAAAUAGAAUUGAAAAAGAGGAAGAAGGUAAUAGGCCAUUUAAUCAAUUAUUUAGGCGAUCGAUUUCUAAUAUUCAUUUUGCAACAAGUAAUCAUGCUUAUUCUCAUUGUAAUCAUCAUCCUACAUUUUUUUUACCUCGUACACCAACUGAUCCGAACACUUCAAAUUCAAUUAACAAUGAUUCGUUUGAAUCACAAUUAAUGAAUAAAAAAAUUCCUAUACGUAGAGGAUCUAUGAUUGUCAGACUGGGUCGAUCCAGUACAGGUGGAGUGACUGUUGGUACCAGUACUAGUACAUCAAGUACAAAUGGAAUAACUGGUGUUUUAUCAGAUUCAUCUGUUGAAGGUGUGAUUGUGACACCAUUUGCUCAAGUACUUGUUAGUAUGCAACGAAUACGGAAUGCAUUUAUCAGGUUAACCGCUGCUCAAGUAUCAAAUAGAUAUAACAUCACAACCGUGUUUGAUUAUGUUCCAAAAGACAAUCUCGUACCAGACAGUAUGGAAUAUAAAACACUUGCCAAUGAAACACUUGAAGAAUUAGAAUGGUGUUUGAAACAAUUGGAAAAUAUUCAAACGAAACGACCUGUCUCUGAUAUGGCUUUUUCAAAAUUCAAACGUUUACUCAAUAAAGAGUUGAGUAGUUUUGGUGAAGCUGAUAAAUCUAGGCAUCAAAUAUCUGCUUAUAUAUGUGAAACAUUUUUAGAAACUGAAAAAGAUGUUGAAACCAAUGAAGAGAUUGACUCAAUGUUGGAAAGACGACGUAGUAGUGGUCAAUCGCACAGUUCAACCAGUGGACAAGAUACAAAUACGACAAGUAAAAGACAAUCUUCAAUAGCUGGUGAUGUAAACGCUAAUACAGUCAAUACAAGAACCACGGACACUUCUUCCUCGUCAGCAUCAGUUAUGAAAACCAGAAUAGGAUCUAGUGGAAAUAUGUCAAUUGAACCUCGUAAAAGCACUCAACUAAAUGAUUUAAGUGGUUUAUCAACAACAAAAUUAUCAUUUAGUUCUAAUUUAACAAGUUAUAACAUAGACGAUGGUAAUGAACCCUCACUACCAAUUCAUGGAGUUGAAACGCCUCAUGAAAAAGAGCUAGAAGAAAGAUUCGCUCAGAGUUUGGAUGAAUGGGGUCUAGAUAUAUUUGAAAUCGAUCGACUUUCCAAUGGACAUGCUCUUACAACAGUAGCCUAUAGAAUAUUUCAGAAACGUGAUCUAUUAAAAACAUUUUGUAUAGAUCCUCGUGUUUUUGUACGUUAUCUGUUAAAAAUUGAAUCAACUUAUCACGCUGAUGUUCCUUAUCAUAACUCAAUGCAUGCAGCCGACGUUUUACAAACGUCACAUUUUUUGUUGCAAGCUGAAGCAUUGGAUGAUGUUUUCAGCGAUUUGGAAAUUUUAGCUGUUCUAUUCGCUUCAGCUAUCCAUGAUGUGGAUCAUCCUGGAGUGACUAAUCAAUUUCUAAUAAAUACCGGUCAUGAAUUAGCCUUACAAUAUAAUGAUUCAUCUGUUCUGGAAAAUCAUCAUCUUUAUAUGGCUUUUAAAAUUCUGUCUGAAAAAGACUGUGAUAUAUUUGCUAAUUUGGGCGGUAAAAAACGUCAGACAUUACGUAGAAUGGUUAUAGAAUUGGUGUUAGCCACAGAUAUGUCGAAGCAUAUGAGUUUAUUAGCUGAUUUAAGAACAAUGGUUGAAACUAAGAAAGUUUCUGGUUCUGGUAUGUUAAACUUGGACAAUUAUGCUGAUCGUAUACAGAUAUUACAAAAUAUGAUUCAUUGUGCUGAUCUCAGUAAUCCAGCUAAACCAUUACGAUUAUAUCGUAAAUGGACAGGACGUUUAAUUGAAGAAUUUUUCCGACAAGGAGAUAAAGAAAGAAAGUUAUCAUUGGAAAUUAGUCCAAUGUGUGAUCGUGAAUCGGUUGAGGUAGAAAAAUCUCAGGUCAGUUUUAUUGAUUUUGUAUGUCAUCCAUUAUGGGAAACAUGGUGUGAUCUGGUACAUCCAUGCGCUCAAUUAAUUUUAGACACAUUAGAGGAUAAUCGUGAUUGGUAUGAAUGUCAAGCGAAAGAGCCAAAAUUAAAAGUUGCCCAAUUAGCUCGACCAAAAUUAGCAACCGCAGCAGAAGAUGAUGAAGAAACUUCUACAACCUCAGGAAAUACAUAAGCCGAUGAUUAAUGAUAGAAAAAAAGAAGAUGUGGGAGGGGAGGAAAUGAAUACAGAAUCGUAAAUAAUAAACAAAAAUGUAAAUGCACAGACAAUAUGCCUUUUAACAAUGUACAUUUCACCAUCAUCAACCUGAUUAAUAAAUUAAUUCAGUCAAAAUGACAUGAGUAUAACUUUCAGAUACACUGAUUGAUGUUUAUUCCGUACACCAGAAAAUUUAUAAACAAUAAUGAAUCACUAAAGAUAUACAUACUUUCUAAUUUAGGAAUCAUUCGUAUGAUUUGUAAUUGUUAUUGAUCUAUUUAUUUGGAAUGUUAACGAUGUUAACCUAUGAACAGUAAAUAAG